UGCACACGGGAAGAAGUGAACAAAAAAUCAAUUUCAUGAAUGUCUUUACCAGAGAACUGGAAAUAUUUCCAUUAAAUAUCGAAAUGUAUUCAUAAAUAUUGUCUGCGCUGAUGCAUAAUCCGCUAUGUCUGGUUUCUGGUAUGUGAUUAACUUUUUCAUUUAUUUGUGAUGAUUUUUUAUUAUUUUAUAUCUUUCCUCUGUUGAUGAUACAGCAGCUUAAAGGUGUUGUAGAAAUUUCAGAGCCUUACAUCUCCAUGCCAGCUUCGAUUUGUUAUGUUCUACGAAAACUUAUAAUGAUUCUGUCCCCAGUGGAUGUUAUAGGGUUGGGCGAUAUGACGAUAUUAGCCUGUUUGCUGCCAGAGACUGUUUAAGAUCUCUGGAUGUAUCGGACGAUUGUGGGUAAUGCUGUAAAUCAAUUAGCUCUAUGGCGUUAUUUGAUUUUUAUUAGAUUUUUGCAUUAAUGUGGUGCAGUACCCAGAUUUAUCAGUUUAGAUCUAGAAAAAUAAUAUAAUUUGAGCUUCACUGUUCAUUAUUGGCCUUUGAAAGCCCUAGAACAAGCAAAUAAGUGGACCUUGAGUUGAAACUGUUUAAUCAACUGCUGUUUCGGACGUCAAAACUGAACCGUCAAGCACAAAAUUUAAUGCUGAUUUAUGCUAAGCUAAGCUAACUGUCUUGUGUCUCUAGCUUCAUAUCAUAUAAAUCUUAAAAUAAGUGUACUUUCAAAAUGUCGAGAUAUUUCUAUAUGUCAACAUGGAUAAGAAGGUCCUCAGACUAAAGGAGAUAAGUUUAUCUCCCAUAAUAUGAGAUUGUUCAUUUUAUCCAAUUUCUUUGAUUGAUUUUCCAGAAUAUUUAUUAUAUCUAUCUAGUAAUCUAACGUACAUAGCCUAUCACAAAAGAAAUAAAUGACAUACACCGUGGUAACAGAUUUUAUUGGUAUCGCCCACCCCUAAAUAUAAAUGUGUACAAAGAAAAAUCUAUUCUAAUAUUUGUGCAGCUUUUGGUGCAAUAUAGUGCUGCUGGGAAAACUUUCAAAAUCCAUAGUCCACAAUCACUUCAUGAAGAUACUUAUGUAUAUUUUACUUUAAUUUGUAAUAAACAACAAAUAUGAAUGUUCUUGUCAUCACUGGUAAUCAUUACUCCAUUACUUUAAAGCACUAUUUGAGUUACAACCAACUAAAAAGAUUAUUGUAAGUAAGUAUUAUGUGUAAUGUUCAGCUGACUAUUUCUCUUCUACUCUUUCUAAAUUCAAACAAUCUCCUUCAGCAGUUAUAAUGAUUUAAUAACUCCAUUGUUUGUUAAAUGGGUGGAGGUUGAUCUGUAAAAAUAUCGCCACAGCAACAACCUAUUAUGCUCACAACUUUUUUUCUCUCUCUCCACCACCACCCAAGUCUUUUUUUCUAUCUAACUGGGUGUGCCUCUGCUCUGUAAUAUGAGAGCCACAUGACCAAUAGGAAGAAAACAGUCUGUUAGUGUAUUUCUUCCGCAAACUUUAUAAGUUUUUGCCGUGUUGUACGAGGAGCAAGGGUGAAGGCCACAGUCCAACAACACUGGAAAAGAGCUAAUCAGUCUGAAAGACAUCAGCAAACAUGGCAAACCAGCUACAGAAGAUUGUAGCAGACAAGAAGGAUAUGGUGGAGACCGUGAUGGAAGUGUUUGAACAGGGAGCUGAAGUGGUGGCUAGUAUCGCCGGCGACCUUUUCCCUGUUUUCUCCAUCGCUGCUCCAAUUGUUAAACUGGCUCUGGACAAUGUAGAGAGCAAAGAGGCUGCGUUCAUGAAGGAGCAGUUUCAGAAGGUGCGAGAGCGUCUGGAGGUGGUCUCAGAGGAGAUUCAGAGGAUCAACGAUGAGAUCAAGAAGAGUGGAUUGGAUGCCGUGUAUUUCCCGCUGGAGGAGAACAUCACUAACCAGUUCAGGAAGUACAUGGACAUCCUCAACGCCAAACCCAAGUUCCGGGAGGUCAAGAAGAAGCUUUUCCUGGAGCAUUUUGCCAAGACCGGAGGUGACAAAAACCUUAUCACCCUCUACAAUGCUGUGACGGGGGAUAACUUCUCUGGGGAAUCUGUGCUUGAGAUCACCCUGAACUACGAGGAGAAAAGUCGCCGGCCGGUGGAGGACUUCUGUGCCAGGCUGAAGAAGCUCUUCUGUAUCGGGCUCAUCGCGCUGUUGGGCCACGCCGCUCUGAAGGGAUAUGAUGAGGAGGACGCGCUUCUGCAAGACUGGGGUGAGAAGAUGAAGGUUGUCCAGGAUAAAAUGAACGUUGUCAUUGAAGACUGCAUCGUCAGCUUCCCCAAACAGGCUGAGUUGGAUUCCCGUCGACUGGUGAGAGAUCGGCCGGACUUCACCAACCAGCAGCUAGCAGAUGCUAUCAUAGAGACAUUAAAGAAGAAGUAUGACUGGGUGGGCUGGUCUGUGCGCAUAUUCAAGUCCCCUACAGGCCUGUUCGCCAACAAGAAGGAUUUCCACUGCCCGACAGGGAAGAGUCGCUUCCAGGUCCUCUCAUCAGAUGAGAAUCUUAACGUCUGGGUGUCCUACAGCUCCUCGCCUGAGCCUGUGGAUAAGAAUCACAUCCAGCAGCUGAUCCAGAGUCAGAAGAAAGUCACGGUGCCAGGCGUAGCAGAGCUCCUCUUUGAGAAGUUGCCCGGCGACUGCGUGGUCCACACGGUGAAAACCAGCAAAGACCUGGCCUGCUCCUGGAGCUUCGCAGAUGAUCUCCACUACUGGGACGAGCACAAAAACUUCUACGUCUGCGCUCACUCAGCUUGAAGUUGUAGACACUGAAAAAACACUCAAAAGUCAUUCUAUGUUUGUAGGCCACUUUGUUACACAGACAAUCAUAGAGUCUAAUGCUGCCUCUCUACUUGGCCUUAGCAGUGGAAUAUUACACAGUAUGUGCCCUAAUUUCAAUCCAUAGCCUCCUUUCACUGAAUUAUUCGCUUCUUCUGAGUACGUUCACUGUGAGUUUCUUGCAGAUGUGGGGAUGCAUUAAGUCAAGUCAGUUUUAUUUAUAUAGUCCAACAUGACCAAUCACAAAUAUGCCAAAUAUGAAUCUCGAUUCAGAUAUGGAAGAACUCCACAAAAAACACUUAAAUUGGGGAUAAAAAUAGAAGAAGCCUCAGGAAGAGCAACAGAGGACAGUCCCCUCUUCCAGGAUAGACAGAUUACCAAUAAAUGUCUUGUGUGCAGACUUCCACAACAUGAACUAGAUUCUUUAACUUAUAAUAAUUACCUUUUUGAUCACAUGCAGCUGUACUUUGUUUAAUUUUAAGAAUGGAUGGAAGAGCUUAGCCUUGGUUUAUGCUGUAUUAUAUCUAAGUGGUUUUGCUAUGUAAUUAGUGAAGCUGACAGUUGCAGAGUAAUUCUCGUAUAAGAUCUACAACUGCAUCUUCUUCUGUCACUAUUAAUUUAAGGGGGACUUGGUUGUUUUGUUACAGGAGGAUAUGCUGGGAAAGCUGUUGAUUUAGAAUCCGGGUGUCAUACGAAGAUUAAGCAAUGCUCUUAGAGAUAAACGGGGACCUCGCCCUGUUGAGGACAUAUAUACCUAAGCCAUGACAGAAAAUUUCUCAUGACAUUUACAGAGAAUGUAACAGAAGCCUUAAAGCUUUCAUUUUGAUUUCACAUUUUUGUACUGGUGUGACAAAAAUGGUAAACCUUGUUACUGGCUGCUGUACAGUUCGAACAAAACACAGGAAAGCACAAGGCCAAGGCCUCAAACAGCACUUGCUGUAGUGAACUGCUGCCCAUGAAACUUUAUUUACACGCCCUGCCAUGAACAUGCCGAGGCGUAGUGACAGCAACACUUUGUUUACAUGUAGAUGCCUAGCAUAGCUAUUCUUGUGUCUUUACCUGUUUGGGUGUGCAACACAAACUGGAAAGUUGUACUUGCUCAAAUCCUUCAACUUCAUUUACUUUGUACUCUUAUAUGUAGAGGAUUUACCUUUAAGUAGGAAUUAACUGUUAGUUGAAUUGUGGGCAAUCAUGGGAUUGGGAGUCCAGAUGUUUUUUUAUUAUGGAGAUGUUAAUCAAAAUUUGUAUAAUCUGACCAUGACAUUUACACUACGUUAUGAGAACUAACAUAUGUCGACUCUGCAGAAAGAUUCUGUUUGUAAUCUUUUAGACCACUGACCUGUUUUGAUGUUUGUUGUAAAUAUUUUGUGCAUUAUUGUACACAAAUCUGUUUCCUUUUUGUUUCUAUAUGUCAUUACCCAAAUUUAAUACAUUUUUAGAAUAGUUUAUGUCCAAAAUAUGCCCCACAUUUACUGUAAACUUGAUACAAAGCGUUUAUGUUGCACUCCUGCUAUAUUAUUAGUAUUUCCAUACAGCAUAUUUGGGUUGUCUGUGUCACAGAUUCAACAUCCUGUUGGUACACCAAAGCAAUGAAUGUAAUAAAUCUUCCAAAUAAACUCAUACAUCAUU